AUGAGAACGCAAUGCGUUGGUACUACACAAAAGGGAUCACAAUGCAGGCUAAAAGCCAUAGAGGGUGAGAAGUUCUGUAGACAUCAUAGUACCCAAAACAACGGAACCUCUAUUGCAACUAAAGCACCCCAUAUGCCGCAUGAUGCCCCAGAAUGCGUUGGUACCACACGAAAGGGAUCAAAAUGCAAGCUAAAAGCCAUAGAGGGUGGAAAGUUCUGUAGACAUCAUAUUAACCAAAACAACGGAACCUCCAGCCCAACCAAAACACCCUAUAUACCGGAAGAUACCCCAGAAUACAUCUACAUAUAUACUUACGCAACGUUACAUGAGAAUGCUGUCGUGGAAAAGAAGAAUAGGAAAGAGAUUACAUGGUUAGUAACCGACAAUAGUAAGAUGAAACCCAGUAAGAAUCAAGCAUUGAUCCUACGUAACAACCGCUUCGAUCCCUGGCAGCACAAUAAAGACGAAAUUCUGAUCAAAAUAGGUAUGACAAGAAGAAGUGAUGUUUCUAAACGAAUUAAUGAAUGGCAAAAACAGUGCAAACGAGACAUUAUACUAAUAACGCCCGAAAUAGUUCGUCAAUGGAUCGUCUCCUCCACUACAAAACCCAAGAGCAUAAAUUCAAUGUCGAAUGUCAUUCAGAAGUUAUGUCGUUUGGCAUUAAACAACCACAGUAACAUUGUAAAACAUACUACUAUCACCAGCACCACCAUUACUGACACAGGCAGAUCAAGAAAUAAAUCUGACAGAUGCUUUACAGAAAACGGAUUCCGCUGUAAAGAUUCAGGUCACGUGGAGCGAGAAAUCCAUGAAUGGCUGUGGAAAGAGUACGGGAAGGGUAACAUCAUCUGCGAAGUGUGUCAAAAAACACACAGAGAAUGGGUAAAAGUUCCGAUCGGACAGAUGGAAUAUAUUGUAAAUACCAUCGACCGCAUUUGUUCUGAUAGUUUUUCUCUAAAACGGACUUGA